CCCGUAUGCAAUAGGCCUAUAUAUAGAACUUCUAUAUACAGCCAAUGGUAACAGUGAAGUGACGUGUAGAAGUAGGCUACCACGCUUAUGCUGAAGCUGUCCCGUGUUACAAUCGGUUUUACUUCGUCCAUUUUUGAGUUUAUCCGAAUAUGCAACAACUCACCAGCAAGUUAAGUGUCAGAGAAGAUGUGGUUAUCACCAAAAAUGUAUUAGCCUGCAUUAUUUGAAGACACACUGAAAACUAAUUUUAAUUUAUUUUAUAUAGCCUACGGCUUAGAAUUAGGCUAACGUUACAUAUAAUGUAAGUAGACUAGCUAAUUAAAUAUUAACUAGAGUAGGCUUAUUCUCUCACAAUUUAGUUCAACAUUAACUAACAUUUUCGCGAAUGUGAAGGCUAUUCCUGUAGCUCGGAAAAGGAGAGACGGACCUUGAUGUUGGGACCCGGUUGUUUUGGCCACCCUCUACCACGCUUGUUGUUCUUGUUGUGAAAUGAAGAUUCUCGGCGAGGACGAGCUGAGGACCGCAGAGCAGGCCCUGCGGCACUAUUUACCUAAAAGUUCCAAGGUGUAUGGGUAUCUCUUUGGAAUGAACCGGAAUAAGCCAAGCACACUGGAGGUCGUUGUUGACACCUGGCCUGACUUCAAAAGCAUUAUAUUCAGACCUAACCUAAAGAAUGAUCGUGUCUCUGACUACACAAAGAAGGUGACUUUAUUCUGUACAGACGUGCAAGUCUUGAAAAGAAUGAUAAUGGAGGAGAAUUCAAUUGACUGGACCACAUACUUUUUGCUUGGAGGGCUCGAUAUCACUCUCGCACCCAUGGUAAAGGAAGUUGCAGCCUCUCGGGGAGUUACUGUGAGAUGUUUCACUUUGUGUCAUCUCUUGACCUUAUCAGACCCUCAUGACCUACCUGACUCUCCCAGCAGUAUUGAGAACAGGAUAUGCUCUCUGAAUGAAUCGCACAUCGAUAUAGUUAACAAGACAUGGAAAUUUGGAGGAAACGAGAAGGGAUACAACAACAUUAAAAACCUCAUGUGCAACUUCCCCAGCUGUUGCAUUGUGGAUGAAACAGGCCAGCCAGUGUCGUGGGUGCUGAUGUACGACUACUGUGCCCUUGGAAUCCUGUAUACAAAGCCAGAACACAGAGGGAAAGGUUAUGCAAAGAUCCUGAUCACUGUCUUGUCGAAGAAACUUCUUGCUCAGGGCUAUCCAGUUUACUGCUUCAUAGAGGAAGGGAAUGACAUUUCUCUCAGGCUCUUUAAGAGCCUAGGAUUCACAGAGGACCCGUCCUACAGAGCGAUCUGGUUUGAGUUUAAUUAUUAGGCCCACCAGAUGUUUUCUGUUGAAUGUAAAUGAGUCAACAUUGUUAAUGUCUUCAUAAAGCACAGCAAUGGAUGGUUCAACAUUUUUGAAAGUUGGAACUGCAAAAAUUAAAAGUGUAUGUUGACCUCGUGACAUCACCAUAAUUCUA